AUGAGGCAAUCUCAAUUAUUUAGCAGUGGAAUUGAACUUGCACCUUUUAUGACAAGUUCUGUUCUUCUCCAAAGAUCAUGGGAUGUUAUCUCAUCUCAUCAUGCAGACAUAGUUUCAAAUGUGGGAGUGGGACUAUCAUGGAAAGUUUAUAAAGAACCUGUUUCGGAUUUGACCAUUAUAGCAUUUGAGGCCACAUUAGAUACUAAUCUUCAAGUGGAUUUGGUUUCACAUUCUGAUCUCAGGGAGAGAAAUUUUCUUCACUUUGACUUUCUUUGUACAAAAAACAAUCCAUUUUUCUCUAUUAACAACACUGCAGUGUCCCUCUUUUAUGAAAAUCGUCAGAAGCUUUAUGAAUUAAAAUCCGAGAUUAAUAGCUCCAAACCAUUGAUUAUUACUGGAAAUGCUCUUGGAGGAUCAGUUGCUUCUCUCUUCACCAUAUCACGAUUGGAUAGCAUUGGUUCAGGAAAGAAUCGCCCACUCUGCAUCACCUUUGGUUCACCCCUUAUUGGUGACAAGGGAUUGCAACAAGCCAUAUCACGUAGUUCUAAUUGGAAUUCUUGCUUUCUACAUGUUGUAUCACACAAAGACCCACUUCCAAGGCUCCUCAUUACAAACCAUAGUUCUCAAACCAGUUCCUACAUGCCUUUUGGAACAUUUCUCUUUUGUUCUGAUAAAAAUUCUACUUGUUUUGAGAACCCUGAUUCUAUUUUGGAAGUACUAGUGGCAUUGGGCUCUAUCCAUGAUCAAAAUCAAGAAUUUCAGUCCUUGGAUUAUGGAAAUAUAGUGGAAAAUCUCUAUCAUAAAGCAAUUUGCAAGGACUUUACAGUACAGGCUAAAGACAUGAAUUAUUCUAGUACACUGCAUGCAAGUAUCCAUUUGCACUUGUGGGCGCUAGGAUUCACACCAGAUAUGCAGGAGAAACAACAUCAGAACAUUGAUAUCAAUACUUUGGUAACUAUGAUGGAAACAUUGGAAAAUAAAUUCAUUUUCCGGAAGAGGGAAACAAUUGAGCUAUCCAAGAAAUUGAAUUUAGUGAAGAUUGACAUGGCCCAACUUGAAUGGUACAAGAAGGAUUCUAAAGACAGAAAUAUAGGGUACUAUGACAGCUACAAGAAGAUGCUCUUAACAAGUGACCAAGAUGUUGUAAAGUUCAAGAAAAACCUCAUAAAUUACUGGGAAAAGAUGGUUGAAGAGGCAGAGAUGAAGCCUCAGAAAGAAGGCUCAAAUUUUCGUACCCGCUGGCUAGGUGCUGGGACUAAUUACAGGAGAAUGGUUGAACCACUUGUUAUUGCUAAAUAUUAUAGUGAGGGAGGUAAAGAUUAUGCGACUGAAAAAAGGUCCAAACAUUUUAAACUGUUGGACGAUUGGUUAAAGGAAGGAACAACAAAAGCCACAUGUGACUUAAACAGUACAAGUAAGAUGAAUGUGGAAGCUCUUUUAACCAUAGAUUCUUGCUUUUGGGCACAUGUUGAAGAGGCUCUACUUAUGUGCAAACUGUUGAAGGAUGCACAAUCUAGCGUGACAGAGAAAGAAGAAGCAUGUAGGAAAUUGCUUGAAUUUGAGGAGUAUGUUUAUGGGUUGCUCAAGAAUUAUGCUGUGUCAAUAGAAAUUUUCCUUAAAGAAAGCAGCUACAUGAUUUGGUGGAAUGAGUAUAAGGCAAUUAAGGGAACUUCAUAUGAUUCGCCACUCAGUAGCCUCAUGAACAAUGCUGAAAAUUAUAAUGUGAAGUAUGCUGGGAAAACUUAUAAUUUCUGCUGAUGUAUA